AUUCACAGGCUCUAGAUAUCUUUACCCAAAAUGCAAUAGACGCAGCAGGUUUUGGUAAAUUUAAUUUAAAAGUUUCCCUCUUGAGUGCCUUAAUUUACACAAAUUCAGCCAUUAGUUGGACCAGCACUGGUUUUAUUUUGCCAGCUGCAGCAUGUGAUUUCCAGAUGGAUACAGUCGAUAAAGGCAGAAUCACCGUUGCUUUUAUGCUAGGUGAAAAUUUAUC